GUCGCCUCUGAGCUGGAUUACGCAUACGGGUACUAUUGGUUCUCAUCGACGCACGAGGCCUGUAGUUUGAAAGCUGUCUGGGCCCUGCCGAGCUGUACCGUUAGCAACAUCGCGAACAAAGUUCUAAUAUUUGGAAAUAAUUUCAAGGGAUUUUGGAGCCAAUUUUCGCGGCAGGACGUUGGCGACUUUCGGGUAACGUCGAGCACAGGCGGAGCAGCCGUCGGGUUGGAUAUGUUAAACCAUACGUGUCUUUGAAUGGCUUUGUUUUCCUACACAUUGAGUGAGUUGCCUUGAACUCCACGCAAGGAGAAAAGAAAGAUAGCAGGCUAAGUUGCUAGCGGGGAGCUAGCCUGCUAGCGGUGAACUCGCAUGCUAUUCACUUCCUUGUUGGUUACCGGAGUGUGAUGGAAGGCGAGAAGAACUUUGUGAGAAGAAGAUUGAGUUUUAAUUCACGUAGACUUUAACAUUGUCUGAUUAAUGGAGUUCCAAGAUUGUUCGUACAGUUACAUUUUGGAGGAACUUGAUUUUUAAUUUGGAGCUCCUCUGGGCCUGUGCAUUCACUGUGAAAUGGAAUGCGACUGUGUAGGUGAACAGUUAGCCAGUCUCCACUAGCUGGCUAAACCGAUUAGCAUUAGCUAUCGAAUUUGGGAGAUGUCCGCUCUGGAUUACAAUGGCUGAGUAUCGACUGGUUCUUUAACUUAGCACUGUAUUAUUAUUUUAGAGUGACGGUAUCGUCUGGCACCUAGUGUCACCAAAUACCGCGAAGACAAAGUCCUAAAACCCCAACCGUACGAGCUUCUGUUAUGCUAAGGCUGUCUAAUUGUGGAUUUACUGUAACGUCAGCUAAGUAGCCUGUUACACAGCUAGCCCAAUGUGUUGUUAUACGACACAACAAGGGACAUAGUGUAGGCAAACCGCUUUAUAUUGUUUUUUUUGUUUGUUUUUUUUUAAGUUGGCAAUAGCCUUUAUUUUGGAGGAUAAUGCCCAAUUCGGAGGUGCUUCGCGACGGUCGGGGUCGUAGCCCCUCACCACCGAGAAAUGCUAACAGGCUGGACAGGCGUAGCAAGCCUGGAAGCGGCGCCGCUCAGCGAGACAGACACCGGGAGAAGAGGCGGUCAUCGGCUUCGAGGAGAAAAAAACGCAGGCAACCCAAGGAUAGAGACUUGUGCCAUGCCGGUACGACAGAAGACCCCGACAACGACCGAAAAAACGCUUUUGAAAAAGAGCUCGAACUUCGGACUUUAGUGGAGUAUGACGACGUGAGCUCUCAGUCGGAGCGUUUUUCGGGGAGCCCCUCGCCUAAACUUGAGCCCCAUGUUGACAGUCUGUCCGCGGAUCGCCUCAGCGACGUUGACUUUGGGGACUAUAAUGGACCAGCAUCCCCAGGCAGAGGUCGCUUGAGAACCCGGGAACCUGUAUGCCCCAGUAAAGACGAACAAACAAGGGCACCGUCCAAGAAGAACAAGCAAGUUAAGGAGCUGACGAGGAAAAAAGAUCGCCAGAGUCGCGAGAGAGACUCCUCAAAAGUCAGGAGCGGGGGCAGCCUAAGUGGCUCUAAAAAUCCCAGAGACACUACUAGGAGCAGUGAUAGAAAUGGCAAAAAGACAUCUACAUCCCAGCCAUCCCAACCUGCAGAUAAAAGGGAUUCAAAAAGGCAUAGAAGCAAAACAAGGCCCGAUAAAGAACCCCCAUCUGCAUACAGAGAUGCUCCUCAGUCUUAUAGAGAUGACCGUGAAGACCUCAGGGCAUACAGGAGAAGUCCUGGUUUUAAAGCAGACAGUCCCUAUGGGACAGCAUAUUCCUAUAGCUACCAGUCUCCUGGUUACAACCAGCUGAUAUCUAGAAGAAGUCCAACUUAUGGGAGUAAAAGACUUUCUCCCAGUUCCACAUACUACAGCCGGGACUCAGACGUGUAUGGCUCAUAUAGUGCGCCAAAGUCACCAAGUUCAUACUCCAGUAAUAAGAGGAAGCGAUCCCCUGCGAGCCCAGCAAACUGGCGGCGGUCACCAAGCUAUGGCCGACACAGUCCGUACGAGCAAGGCGAGUUUGUCUCAAGUCCUUAUGGGAACCGCAGAAGAUCACGAAGUCCUUACAGGAAGUCCCUGAGCCCAAGUCCAGAUGUCAGACGAUCUGCACGCUCACGCAGCAGGAGUCCAUAUUCAUCCACGAGGCACUCGCGUUCCCACAGCCGCCAUCGCCACUCUCGCUCCCGCAGCCGCCCCUCCAGCCUUUCCCCCAGCACGCUAACGUUCAAAACCAGUCUGGCCGCUGAGCUCAGUAAGCAGAAGAAAGUGAAAGCCGCGGAAGCAGCCGCCAAGGCAAAGAACUCCAGCAACCCUUCCACUCCGACCAAGGGGCCCUCGUCUGCUCAUCAGCCCAGCCCCAAAACAAAUCACACGGCGAGGAAGGGCCGCCCUCCUUCUCCGCCUCCGCCAGAGAAGGGACCCAGGACUCCACCCAUGUGUCAGCCUCAGUCCCCCACUGAUAAGUCGGCUAAGAGGACCACCGAGCACGAGGCCAGCAGGGACAAUGAUGGAAAAGCCAGAGAAGACUCCAUACAACGGGAUAAGAAGAAAGCACCAGCAUCUGGACAGAGCAAAGAUAAGGAAAAGGCCAGUGGUCCGGUUCUGUCCACUCUGCCACCGCUACCACUGCCCCAAACAGUUGUUGAGCACACGGAUAAAGCAGAAAGCUUGAAGGACAGCGCACUCUCAGGAAAGAAGAAGUUGGAGAAGAAGGCUCGGCAGCUUCUGAGCGACUUGCCUCUGCCCCCGGAGCUCCCGGGUGCCUCGUCUUCUCCACACAGCCCUCCCGAGGACAAAAAGUCCCAGAGCCUUCGCCGAAGACCCAAAAUUUGUGGUCCAAGGUAUGGGGAGAUUAAAGAAAUUGAGAUAGAUUGGGGAAAACGCUGUGUGGACAAGUUUGAGAUAAUUGGCAUCACAGGAGAAGGUACCUAUGGUCAAGUGUACAAGGCAAAAGACAAGGACACCGCUGAAAUGGUGGCUUUAAAGAAGGUGCGCCUGGACAAUGAAAAGGAGGGCUUCCCAAUCACAGCCAUCAGAGAGAUUAAAAUUUUGCGACAGCUCAACCACAAGAGCAUCAUAAACAUGAAGGAGAUUGUCACAGACAAGGAGGAUGCUCUGGAUUUCAAAAACGAUAAAGGUGCUUUCUAUCUGGUGUUUGAAUACAUGGAUCAUGAUCUGAUGGGUCUGCUGGAGUCGGGUUUGGUUCACUUCAAUGAGAACCAUAUAAAGUCUUUCAUGCGACAGUUGCUCGAGGGCCUGGAUUACUGCCACAAAAAGAACUUCCUGCACAGAGACAUCAAGUGCUCCAAUAUUCUGCUCAAUAACAAAGGUCAAAUAAAGCUUGCAGACUUUGGUCUCGCUCGGCUGUAUAACUCCGAAGAGAGCCGACCGUACACAAAUAAAGUGAUCACACUAUGGUAUCGUCCCCCUGAGUUGCUCCUGGGAGAAGAGAGGUACACCCCAGCUAUCGAUGUGUGGAGCUGUGGAUGCAUUCUUGGAGAACUUUUCACAAAGAAACCCAUAUUUCAAGCUAACCAGGAGCUUGCCCAGUUAGAGCUCAUCAGUCGAAUAUGUGGCAGCCCCUGUCCUGCUGUGUGGCCAGAUGUGAUAAAGCUUCCCUUCUUCAACACCAUGAAACCAAAGAAGCAAUACCGGAGACGAUUAAGGGAGGAAUUUGCUUUCAUCCCACUGUCUGCCCUUGACCUCUUUGACCACAUGCUGAACUUGGACCCCAGCAAACGCUGCGCAGCGGAACAAGCACUGAGCAGCGAGUUUCUAAAAGAUGUGGAUCCAGACAAGAUGCCUCCGCCAGAUCUCCCCCUGUGGCAGGACUGCCACGAGCUGUGGAGCAAGAAACGCCGGCGACAGAAACAGAUGCCAGACGAACUGGGGGCCCCCAAGGCGCCCCGCAAAGAGCUCGGCCUUGACGACAGCCGUAGUAACACUCCACAGGGCCUCUCUGCCGCCGGAGGAAUCAAAGCACAGAACGCAGUAGCCUCUGCACUGCUCGAUGGAAAGGGUCCAAACUCCCAGUUCACCCAGGAGCAGCUGGCCGUCCUCCUGAACUUCUUUGGUCAGCCCAAGAGUGCCGUGAGCACCACUCAGUUUGUCCAGUCCAUGAGCACAAAGGUCAACCAAGAGACAUUACAGCAGCUCGCUAAAGCCCUGGCUCCGCCUGACCAAGCGGAGCCGCCCCCUCAGCCUCCGCCUGCCAAGCCUCCGCAGCCCGCCGCCCCGGCCGGAGUACCCCGCACACCCCCGAUGCCCAAGCCCCCCUCCCCCCCCACGUCCGCGCCGACGAGUAUUACGGAGGGAGACGCCGCGGCCGCCACGCAGACGGCCAUGACCAUGCUGCUGGCUCAGCUGCUGCAGGCCCAACAGCCACAGAGACAGGAGCCGAGUGAUGCUGGAGAGGGACCAGAGGGCGCCAACCCCCCGGAGGCAGGGGCCGCCCCGACCGCACCGCCUCCCCCCCCUGAGGUCAAACAGCCCCCAGAGCCCAGCCCCGUUUCUCCAGUGUCUGAGGUGGGUGGAGUGUCCAUUCUACCCCCUGACCAGAGGCCCCCUGAACCCCCAGAGCCGCCCCCGCACGCUGACCUGGACUACCGGCAGCCUCCCCCGCCUGAGCCCAGCACAGGCCCCGCCCCCCCCAUAGCCGCUGCAAGCGGGGGCGACGGAGGGAGGCCCCCGGAGCCGGACUACCCACCUCUCCCCUCCGCCGAGGGUUCAGGAUACGGAGGUGAAUACAGCCAUCCACCGCCUCCCCCCUUUACCCCUGCAGGGUUUGGGGAGAGCUACAUGGGCCACAUGCUAGGGGGGGGCCUGCCCCCUCACGCUCUGAGAGAUGUGUUCGGCGGGCCCGGUCAAGCCGGCAGGUCCUCCAGCGGCCCGGGAGUCCUGCCACCGACCCACCCGGACCCGUACCCCCCCGGAGCAGCCGCCGCCAGAGCCAGCAGCAUAAUGUUCACCGGGGACAAGGACCACCGAUUCGAGUACAAUCACAGCCCCUUACCCGUGGACGGACCGCACAAUCCCGCUGCUCUGCACAUGUACAACCACAGUGUGGCCAGGAAGGAUGGCCCACCUCCACCCAUACCGCCACCAGGACAGCCUUGGGGCUCCCCGGCCCAGGUGGGCGCUCCGCCUCUCCCCCACGGCUUUGUUCCACAUGUGAAUUCUACCACAAUCAGAGGACGAGGCCUGCCUUUCUGAAAAAACUGGAAAUGUAAAAUGCAACAAACCACAAAGGGCCAGCGGACUCUGUUUUGAACCUGAAGCCUCUUUAGGCCAGGGCAGACGCACACAGAGUGUAAAUCACUUCAGUUGUCUGUUCCCUCUGUCUGGAAUAAGUUGUUGAAGGACAGUUGAAUAACCCCAGAGGAGCUUUUCUUGCUCAUACCAUUUUCGUAUUUUUUUGUAAUCUAUUCUGCCGACUUAAAUUAAACUUUUCUCCUAUAUUUUUUUUUUCUUUGGUUGUACAUUAUCAAGCCCGGUAAAUUUUAAAUCUCUACCUUAGCCUUUCUGCAAUGCUCCAGGGCAGAGUAGUAUUAAUGUUUUUGCACUACUGAUAUAAGUAGGCAGGAACCCUUUUGGCUGUGAAAGGAAAUGGAUGUGCUAUAACCUGCACAAUUCCGAAUACGACUUGUAAUGUUCUGUUUGUCGAGGCCAAGAAUAUAUUCAGACACCGAUGGCUCUAUCGAUUGGACUGAUGGACGAGGCAUCAGCACAGGGAGCUAUUUGAAUAAAAGAACUCAUAGCACUUGUACGACUGCAACGAAUCCCGUCUUAUAUCAUGGAGAAAAAGGCUGUUUUCACUUUGAAUUCACAUGCCUCGUUUUGGCAGUAGGCGUUGGUAAAAUCAUAAGCAAAAAAAAAAAAAACGUAACCCGAGUGCAGAAAGGAAACGUGUCUUUUUUUGUACUAAGAUGAUUUGUCCCGUUCCCUCCUUCUUUGGCAAAUGUUUAUUAAAGAAAUGCAAACAGCU